GUCGGAACUCCUGCAAACCAGCGCACCUCGGUGAUCGUCGACACCGGCAGCCGGCUCGUUGGGUUCCCAUGCACCGGCUGCGAGCAUUGCGGGAGCCACAUCGAUAAGGCCUUCGAUUUCUCCCGGUCUAGCAGCGCCUCAUGGGUCGGUUGCGAAUCUGAUACCAGUUGCUCCACUGGCUGUGUCGAGGGGCACUGCGCGUACUCUGAGACAUAUUCUGAGGGCAGCUCGGUGUCGGGGUACUUCUUCGAAGACGACAUCGAGCUCGGCGACCUUGAGCAGAAGAAUCCAGCAGUCAAGGUCAGACUGGGGUGCCACAUGAAGGAGAACAGGCUCUUCUACUCGCAGCGCGCGAACGGCAUCAUGGGCCUUGCCCCGGGCGGCCUCGGCGACACCGGCUCCCCGACUAUCCUGACGCAGUUGUUUGCGGACAAGCAGCACGUAAAGACCAGCAUCUUUUCCAUGUGUUUGUCCGAGUGGGGAGGCCGUCUGACCGUCGGAGGCUACAACGGGACCUCCCACAGGAAAGGAGGAGAGAUCCAGUGGGUGCGCCUGCGCCCAGCCCACUACCACUUUGUGUUCCCCGUCGGGCUCACCGUGGGCCCCGUGAAGGACCCAGAGGGCGAGGCGGUGGCUUGGGGCCAGAGGAACCUCGGCGUGACGAUCGUGGACAGCGGUAC